CCUCUUCUCGAGGGAUGGAUAAAUAGGUAGCUGUAGAGACAACCUGUCCACAGUCAGGUUGAAGUGAGAGCCAGACCCAGGCCCUGCUCAUCAGCUGCUGGAGUUCCAGUUCUGGUGGUAUGGAGAGGACCCUUGUCUGUCUGAUAGUCAUCUUCUUGGGGACAGUGGCUCAUAAAUCAAGCCCCCAAGGGCCAGAUCGCCUCCUGAUUAGACUUCGUCACCUUAUAGACAUUGUUGAACAGCUGAAAAUCUAUGAGAAUGACUUGGAUCCUGAACUUCUGCCAGCUCCACAAGAUAUAAAGGAGCACUGUGAGCACUCUGCUUUUGCCUGUUUUCAGAAGGCCAAACUCAAGCCCUCAAACCCUGGAAACAACAAGACAGUCAUCACCAGCUUAGUGGUGCAGCUGAGGAGGAGGUUGCCUGCCAGGAGGGCAGGAAAGAAACAGACACACCUAGCCAAAUGCCCUCCCUGUGAUUCGUAUGAGAAAAAAACACCUAAAGAAUUCCUAGAAAGACUAAAAUGGCUCCUUCAAAAGAUGAUUCAUCAGCAUCUUUCCUAGAACACAUAGGAGCCGAAGAUUCUCGAGGAUCCAAAGACUCCCAAGGACCCAAGGAGACGCCGGACACUAUAGACGCUCACGAACACAGGAGUACAUCUUGCCUCCUGGGAUUGCGAGCGGAGAAGUACAAUAUAUUAUGACAGGAACAACUCAGAAAAGCUGCAGGUUAAGAUCCUUUCUCCCAUUUGCUACGCAGAUAUUGCAGUUUCCUGCACAGACUCCAUGCUGUCAACAUGGGAAAUCUCUUCGCGACAAGAGCCCAGCUUCCCGUGUCAGGGAUUUCUGGGACUUCUCAAGUUGCGGCUUCAUCUUAUUGCCCAACUGUGACAUUCUAUGAGUGGAAGGGGAAAACUAAAGAUUUUUUAACUAAAAAUACAGCUAGAGAAUUGUUGGUCGGUCUGCAGGAAUAAGACCUAUUAUGAUCCUAACUGAAUGAUGUAAGCUGAAAAUACACAAGUGUAAGAUGAAAUUGAAAAGUGAAGUCUAUUCUUUAAGAAAACCUUUGUACUUGAAAACAUGCCUGAAAGGUUUACCCAUUACCACUACCAUCUAGCAUAUCAGUAACUAAUCUAUUUAUACUCUACAAGAGAGUUUUCCCAGAUGGGUACAAAUGAUUUUUCUUCUCAAUUAGGCCUAUCAAAAUACUUACAUAUGGUAGAAUUUAACCUAUUUAUAAUGUUCAACCCUGGCCUUCAUGGUUUUUCUAAAGUGGGCAUAUUAAGAAGCAGGCUUAACUUAUCUUCCUCCCAAAUGUCAAGUCCCUUUAUAAGCUAAGAGUUUAAUCUCGUGAAGAUGGUAAAUAAAACCUAUGGGAGGGCAAACAUCACCAGUCUUCUGGAGCCAAAGAGAGUUUUGAAGUUUGUAGCUCUAGCCUCAGGAGGUUAUGGGUAUGCUGUGAUGACUCUGCCAACUCCAGCCUUGCUGGGAUGAAUCUGCCAACUCCAGCCUCAGCCUCCUUUCCCACAUCAUUUCCUUCCUUUCCUCUAGGUAAAAUGAAACUUCUAAGAAAAAGCAUUUCAAACAAGUUCAGCACUUAAGACACAUUGCGUGUACACUUUUGAUAAGUUAGAUUCAAUCAUCUAUUUAGAAUCAAAAUCAAGAGAUAAGUCAAGAGACCGGAGGUUCUGUCCCAGUUUUAAACAGACUUGCUUAACAUUCCAAUCUUUUAGCCACAGAUGCUAAACUGAGCAAGUGGUCUGCCGUUUGAUAUAAACUCCAACAGAAUGCUUCAAAGCCAAGUUAAAAAGUCUAGAACGCUAUUUUCCCUGGAAUAGUAUAAUCUCUCUGAGAAUUUCUUAUUGUUAACAUGCAUCUGAGAUCCCGAGAGUGGCCUGGGGGAAAGCUUUGCUCUAAGGGAAAAGUGUCUGAACUUUUAAAACAAACACAGACACAGUGCACCGCUCUGAGAUAGGGCUGACUGUUGUUAACUACUUCCCAGUGAAGUGUCACAAUCGGAAUCGACACAUUCUCUGAAAUUUUUGAAAUAUGUAUGGCAAAGGAAUUGUGCCGACUGUAAAUGUGUGGCUCUGGAUGACUUUAGACACAUUUAGCCCGCGUGGUGUCCGAUGGUGCUAGCGUGGGCUGUUGAGUUUGCUGCUCGGAAGCUGGAGCAGAGUCCUUCAGAAAGCAACGAUGGAGAGAGAAGGGAUCUCCAUGCUUUAUUCUGUUGUUGUUUCUGGCUGUAUAACUGUUGACUUCUUGACACUGUGAUUUUGAUAUUUAAGACAAUGUAUUUAUUUUGGUGCGUUUGUUGUUUAAAAAGUCUGCUCUAGCCUUUUAAGCCACUGAUCAUUUCUACUCUAGAAUUACAAAUAACUGAGUGCAGCACAGGCUAAGGGCUUGUAUAGUCUGGGAACGUCAGUAAAGGCUUCCCCACUGGCCACGGGAAAGCGAUGCUUUAGAAUAAACUAGACGAAACUGCACAGCAGUCUUGGACCUAUCUGUGCUCAAGACCCAGCCAGUCCUUGGACAUUUUUGUUCACUGUGGGUGGGAACACGUUGGACCUGAUGCACUGUUGACCAGGAAGGUCUCCACUGGUGUAAGCUUUUUUGGUUUUCCUUUUCUUAUCUGCAGAACAAUAGUGUGGGACGUUCCUAAGUCUGUUCUGUAUUUUAUUUUUGAGCUUUGUAUUCUGAGUUUUAAUGUUUUGAGUACUCUUACAGGAACACCUGGCUACACUUUUGAGUUAAAUUCCAUCCCAAGUGUGAUAUUUAGUUGCUCAAAAAAGAAAAAAAGGAAGGAAGAGAGAGAGAGACAUUGCUGAAGGCUGCAAGAGUUCAGGGAAAAUCAGUUAUGGCCGUUAAUACUAUAGCUGGAAGUGUCUUCUUUGUACAUGUGAAUAAAUUCAUAGCAUUAUUGAUCUACGUUAUUGCUCUGUUUUAUUUACAGUCACACCUGAGAAUUUGGUUUUACUAUGAAUGAUGUACUUUAUAACUUAAUGAUUAUUUAUUAUGUAUCUGGUUUUGAAUGUUUGUGUUCGUGGCUUCUUAUUUAAGACCUGAUCAUAUUAAAUAC